AUGCAGAAGCUUCUGAGCAAAUGCUUAAGUGGCAGCAACUCGGACCAUGCAGCCAUCGGGGAGGAAGGCCUUUUACAAACCUGUAAGAUUGUAAUAGGCUUGGGCAACAGCCUGGAUGAGGCAAACUGUAUGAGCAUUGACGAGGUGGACAAUGACUUCUUGUGUGGGUUUGACCAUUACGCGAAGAAGAACUCGACUGAAGCGAUACGAGUGAGCGGGCUGAGCGGCCUGAGUGGAAUGAGGGGAAGCACACGGGCGUAUCUCUCCAACUUGAAUGAAUACUGUGAGAACCAUUUUAAUGAACUGUUUAACAUAGCGUAUGUAGAUUUCCCGCUGUCAUUUUACGAAGUCAUUUUUUUAAACUUCUUCAGUUCGUUCGCAGAAAAGGGGGGGAGAAAAAAAAGCGAAAAGGUAUCAUGGGAAGAUAACCUAUACGUAAUGAACAAAUUUUACCAAAAAAUGAAAACGCAAAAGUAUGUCUUGCUUCAUAAAGCUAAUUCAAUUCCUCAUAAGAAGAAAAAGAAAAAAAAUGCCAAUUACAAAAAUGGGGAUGCAUUCCUGUGUAGUGACAACAUGAUCGCCAUAGCGGAUGGAGUUUCUUCCAUUAAAAAUAGCGGAAUAAAUGUAGGCAAUUUUUCAAAUGAGCUUUUGAAGAAAUGCUUAAAUUUGUAUCUACACAGGUGUGUAAACAGCGCUUUAUUUGAGGAACAAAAUCGAGUCGUCUUUGACCAGUACAGCAUCAAACAUAAAGAAGAGGAAGUGCUCAAGCCGAUUGUGUGUAGGAGUGCCUGCUCCUCUAACUUUUUAGGGGCCUCCACACUUUUGCUCUCUUCUGUGGAGAAAGAGAAGCUGCACAUUUGCACAAUUGGAGAUUGCCAAAUGUUGAUACUGCGAUUUAGGGAGAAUUGCCUCACAGAUAAACGCAUCCGAGCGGUGCAGGCCCACAUGGGAGGCAGUCAACUUGUGGGAAAUUCUUCCAAGCGGGAGAGUGCACUCGCGGACACACUGCAAGAUGGCACUUAUGCAGAUGUGUGUGAUGGCCCCCCCGAUGAGGAGACUAAUGGGGACCCACUGGAUGAGAUUGGGAAGCGUUUUAAAUCGAAGAGGUAUAACUCGCCAAAAAGACCCCCCGUUGACACCCCCCCUAUGAGCAGAAGCAAAAAGGGUGCUCUCGACCACACCGCGCAGGGGGGUAGAUUCAAGCUAAAAGGGCUGUAUGAACAGAGGAGGGAACUUUACAAAAAAGACCUCUUUAUGGAGGGAAACGGAGGUAAAGCUGCCCCGCACGAGGGGGAAUCUCUCACAUUAUACGUGGAGGAGGAGCUAACCGCAGAUAUGUGCGAACCGUUUGAAGCGUACUUGGCCGAUAAAAAUUACAAAAUAGGAAAUUUAACCUUUGUGGUGAAGGAGGAAGAGGACACCCCCUGUGGAGCUACACCCUCUGACACGACCACAGGGGGCAACUCUAAUUUGAAGACGGGGUCUCCCCCAGUACGGAAAUAUUCUCACACGAUUGAGAGCGACUCGCAUGAAAGCCAAAACCAACGACUUUCUACAAUGAGCACCAUGGAUGAAAGUGGGUAUAGAAAUUUGCUGCGCUUUUUUGACCUCGAUCGGACGGACAUUGCGGACAUUGCGGCCAUUGACAGGGGGGAGGAUGAUCCAAGGUGUGUUGAGGAAAGACCCCCUGAGGGGGAUCAUCCUCUAGCAAUAGGAACCGCCAUGAAUAGAAGCUGGAGCGAAGAAAACAGCCAAAAGUGCCCCCAGAUUAACCAUUUUAAUAACUACCGAUUUAGGUGCUACGGCGCGGAUAAGAACCCCUUCGAUAUAAUUUACAAGUCAAAAGUGCAGCAACAUUAUUUUAACUGUCCCUUCCAAAUAACGUUCAUGCCUGCUACGUUAGGCGGCAGUGUGGAGAGGAAACCGUCCAGUAGGGGCACCCAAACGGUAGGCACAGAGGGAUUACACGCAGACAAGUUGGGAGAACACAGUAGGGUUAAAAUGAGCACCUACAAUGAUAUCAUUUCAAAGUGCAUCAGGUACUGCGAAUACGCCACCGCUGAUGUGAGUAAUAAUGACAUCAUUGUGAGUGGAAGCGAUGGACUGUUUGAUAAUCUGUACGACGAUGACAUUAUGGAAAUUCUGUUUAAUAAUUUCUACACAGUUAAGUGCAACGAAUUUGUCCAGCUAAAAGAGAUUUACAAAUUUUAUGAUGAGUGUAGUGGUGUCUUACGCGAGGUGAAGCGGGCCAUUUCGGGAGACUGGCGUAAGGGGAAAAAACCGAAGCGCACAUUUUCUGGAGCGAUAAAUGAAUCUUCCUAUGUGGAUAAUCAUACGGACCACGGGGAGGAGCUCAAAUGGAAAGGCAAACCCAAUGCCGGGGGAGGGGAGUCACCCGGUACUCCCCCUUCUGAGGAGAAGCAAGAAGAAGAUGACGAAAUGGAUGAGAAGGGGAAAAAUGCAGACCUAUCAUCAAGAAAUAUCAAUUCCUUUGAUCCCUCAGGUGGACGACGAAAUAAGGCAAACGCCAGUGAGAGCAACUGGGAUGAACAACGGAAGAAAGAAAAGGAACGAAGUUACUUCUUCAGCAAAAAGUAUAAGAGCAACAUAAGCACAGCUAUGCUUCGGUUGAAAUUUCCCUCUAAAAUUAAGAGCAUGUUUUCGAUGAGGGCCAAGGGAGGAAGAAGUGGAAAGGGGAGGGCCAAAAGCGAAAUGGGCGAAUCAGAGCGAGGGGAAAACCUCCCAAAGGCGCACAAAAGUAUAAACGAAGAGCAACACCAUGGAAGGGGGCCAAAUCAAAAUUUAUAUGAAGCUAAAAUGGGUGCAUAUAACCCCUUUGUUCAGAAAAAACAAAAUUACGGCGAAGAUAGCAGCAGUUAUUCUGCACAUUCCGGGGGGUCUUUAAAAAAGGGUGACCAUUUGGGGAGCCCCUCUGCAAGUGACGCAUAUUCAGAUGACCUCAAGUUGGACAGCGAAGGUAACUCCAGAGGGGUGUGCAAUUCCAGUGUGCAGCAAAAGACACAUGGGCUCAAAGGGGUAGGGAAUUUUGCCAACCGUAGGGGUGACGAUUGCGGGUUUGCCAACGGGCAGGCUGACUGGCCUGGGAGUGCACUCCAACGGGGGGCGCGCCAAAGGACAACGGAAAUAAUCGCAAACGAUCGGGCAAUCCCCCUGAGGAGGGAAAAAACGAACGGCACGGAUAAGUGGAUAACAGAGCAGAGUACACUGCCUGGGAAUUCAGAGCACGAUAGCUAUCGCACGAGCGGUGUAAGAAGCGGGGGAGGGGGGGGGAAAAAAAAAAAAAAAAUUAUUGUGCAAGGCAAAAUAAAAUGCGUCACUUUUGCAUACGAACCAACCGAUUUUGUCCUCUUCGACGAAAGGAACAGCAUUUACUUAAACACGAAGAAGGCGUGCGACGAGAUUGUGCAGCUGUCCAGCAUUUUAGCCAACCAGGAGAUGAACAAAACGUUGCUGAGGAAGAGGAGGAAGAAGUACAACGCGCAGAGGGCUAAUAUGAAUGGCAAAGGAAAAGAAAGCGGUCCUGACAAGGCACACAUGUGUGAUGCGUUGGGGAAAAUUAAAAACGGUAAGCUGCCUUCCGGGAAGGCCCCUUCCACCCUCUACGAAAAAGAAACGCACUUAUUUGAUAAAGUUAACUACGACGAUAUACAAUCAAAUAAGUCGAGCGAAAAAAUAAUUUUAACCCCCAUAUCGGAGUUCAUCUUUGAUAAGUACAAAAAAUACUUCAACAUGGGGAAACCGGACGAUAUAACGGUCGUGCUUUCCGUCGUGAAGGAGAACAGGUACAGUUAG